AUGGAAGGCUAUUCUCAAUCUGACAACAGUCUGGUUUUCCCGACAGAUAUCAAUGAGUCUUGUGUCGAGCCACGGGUAGGAAUGCCAGACCUAGGAGAAGCUCAGCAGGCCUCUGAAUACUCCCAAAUCCGCCGGUCAAACGCGAGCCUUGAGCACUGGUUGACAUGCGAGAGCCCUGUCGCGAGAGCAGCAUCAUUCGACCCGGCAGAGCAAUUUCAGAAUCGCUACCGAUUGCCCUCGCUCUCAAAUUCGACUCCACUGCCAGAGACUUUUGACGGGGCGAACGACGUCAAGUACGACGUUGAGUCCUUCGGGGGCAUGGCCAUGCUAGACGGGUCUUUCGAACAACCACCUUAUCAUCUACACAUGUCUGACAUCGACAAUGAACCCCCCAACCAGACUCAAGCCCAAGCGUGGGUGUCAGAAGAGGACCGUUACUUAAUCUCGCCCCCAGGCAUACCAUAUUUCUUCGGCCGAGACUACACAAAUUCAAGAUGCGUUGCGCCUCCGCCAUCGCCCUAUUCCACGCCUAGCCUCUUCAACGAUAGCCCAGUUCUAUCGCCCUGCUUUUCUUCACCAGAACUCGGCCCAAUGAAGUCCGACUUUUACCCGAUGGCCUAUACCGCGCCAGUCCCAAGAAGCACCCCUCACGACGAUCGAGACCUGGAUGACGACGAAGAAGUGUCGGGCGGUAAGCCAUACGCGCAGCUGAUUCAGGAGUGCUUGCUCCAAUCUCCGGGUCACCGCAUGAUGCUUCGAGACAUCUACGACUGGUUUGAGAGAAAUACGACAAAGCCACGGGAGUCCGGGGGCAAUGGAUGGCAGAACAGCAUCCGGCACAACCUUUCCAUGAACAAAGCAUUCGAGAACGACAAGACGACGGUGACAAACGCUCGUGGCGAGCCUAAGAAGGCAACCAGUGUCUGGUAUCUGACCGAGCAUGCCCUUCGCAAUGGUGUGCAGUCGACCACCAGAUAUCGAAAGGCUGGCGGCAGCAGAAGAUCGGCCUACAACCGCGAAAUGGAUUCGAAACGGCAGUGCUCUGGUUCUAGGGGCGGCAAAGCAGCACGCAAGGCGGCACAGAUGCGUCGGCUGGAAGCUGCCGCGUGGUCUUCGCAGGUGCCGCCGUCUGACGAUCUAGAGCCAUUCGAUCAUUUGGUACAUGCAGCCAACGCGCUGGGCGAAUACCCAGGCACCCGCGGCAGUACACCCUUGUCGCCGUCCGACCACUACCCAUGCACACCAAAGUCGUCUGCGUCGAACCCUGACUUACCCAUGAGGGCAAUGGGAGAUGUGCCAUGCUAUGGUCCGGACUUGAGCUACAACGAGGUGCAGCUUCACGAUGCUCUAUGCCAGGCCGGCUACGGAGUCAAUACAGAAGUGCCCUGGUGA